UUAUACUUGCCUUCUUUGGAUUGGUGAGGCCUAGGGUUUCUUUUCAUGGUUCACAAAUUUUCAUUCUCAUUUUUUCUUCUCUCUGUCCUCUUCUUCAUUUCAGGUUUCUGAAAUUAAUACCACGUUAUCGAUUUCCUCGAUUUCAGAGCACAAAAUCAGUUUUUGGCUGGCAAAUUAUUUUUGCAGCAAUCAAGAAUAUGAUUGAAUGAAGUUUGCUCAGACAGUAUGGAUGGAGUUGGUGAUGAAUUGGCUACAAUUGAUGCUGUGGAUAACACACAUCUUCAAAGCAAAGAUGGUGAGUAUUCACGGAAAGCAGACAAUGCUGGUAUGAUGGAAUCACAUGAAAUGAUGAUACCCAGUGAGCGUGAAUGUCAUGGGGGCUCCUCCCCUUCAUUUACAACUAUUUUAGAGGGCAAGAACCCAGACAGAGGUUGUGUGUCUGAACGUCCAAGUGCUAGUAUUCAUUGUGUGGAUGAUGCUGGGGUCAUGGCUGAAGAGUUAACACUACAAAAUUUUAAGAAUGAAAGCAUAGCUAUAGUGAGUACCUCAAGCAAUAGGGAUGCUAUAAUAUCGAAUGCCUGGGAGGACGUUGGAUACACAGUUUUUCCAGAAUUAUUGGGUCCAAAACCACCAGAUGAUGUUCACAUUGAUAACGUGGAACAUGUACUGAAUAAUGAAAGCAAAGCUGUUGCAAGCAAUCCAUUAGCACCUCCUGGAGGUAUCAGGACAAAAAUUCUUUCUAAAUCUGGGUUUUCUGAGUAUUUUGUUAAGAAUACCCUGAAAAGUAAGGGGGUUAUAUUUAAAGGUCCAGCUCGUGAAGGAUUUGGUGCGGUGAUUAGGGGCCAGACGGAUUCCAAGGCUUCCAGUACUGCUAUGGUAGCUUUUAACGCACCAUUGAGUUCAAGUACUAAAACUGUUGUGCCUCCUUCUCAUGAUGUUGCCAGGCCUGGGCUGGGUCCCAGUCUCAAUGCUUUUCAUGAUGGAGUCAGUCUGAGAGAAUGGCUGAAAGCAGGGCAAUAUAAGGCAAAUAAAGUCAAUAGUUUUCAUAUAUUUAGGCAGAUUGUGGGUCUCGUGGAUAUCUCUCACGCUAAAGGAGUUGCCUUGCAAGGCUUACGGCCGUCCUGCUUCAAGUUGUUGCCAUCAAAUCAGGUUAUAUACCUUGGAUCAUGUGUCCGCAUGAAACUGCAGAGAAUUCUAUAGAUCAGGAUAGUUUCCUCUCAGAAAAUGAUCGAAAUGAGAAAAGGCCAUUAGAACAGGCGAUGCAUCCUGCUGUUAGUGAGCGGAUAAAGAAGCAAAAGUUUGGGGAGAACCUGAACUUUAUCAGACAGUGGCAUCAGUUUCCAUCAAGAUCUAGCUUUAAAACCGCAACUGGUCAUGAUACUGAUGUCAGUAUUGCUGGGCUAAAGGAUUCCUGGAAUGAAUUGAACAAAGAGCACAACCUGAGAAGAGAAUACAAGAGUGAGAGCAACUACAGCAGGCUUACACCCCAACUGCGGUCUACUUAUGCAAGUGACCCAUUGGAAGAGAAGAAGUGGUAUACCAGUCCUGAGGAGCUUAGCGGGAAGGGAUGCACAUUUUCAUCAAAUAUCUACAUUCUGGGGGUUUUACUCUUUGAGUUGCUUAGCCCUUUUCACUCUGAAAGGGAACUUGCUGCUGCCAUGUCUGAUCUGCAUUAUAGGAUUCUUCCUCCAAACUUCCUGUCGAAGAAUCCCAAGGAAGUUGGAUUCUGUCUUUGGCUUCUUCAUCUUGAACCUUCAUUACGCCCGACAGCAAGGUAAUACUGUCUUUAAACUUUUAUUCUAGUCCAACUGUGAGAUACGUUGUUCAUUUUACUUUUUCAGGGAAAGCUAUCUCUAAAUCAAAGUUAAUACCUUUCACCUCUGAGAAGCCUUCUUUUGAGUUAUGAUGUCUGUGGAUGUUAACGUUUCCCCUACAACUAUGCAGUCAAUAGGACUCCUGAUUUUUUUUUUUUUGGGAAGGUUAGCUUUGGCAGAC